AUGCGCAUCCUCCAGACGAGCCUAGGAAAAUCAAGGCGGGCGCAAGACCUGCUAUACCAAACCAUUUGGGAGAGCACGGUCGCCCUAGCGGUAGUGGUGGAACCAUACAGAGUCCCGGAUGCUCCGGAAUGGGCCGGAGAUACAGGCGAAAUCGUUGCCGUCACCUGGACAUCAAAGCCCGGCGCAUUCGUCCGCGGAGCCCUGCUGGAACGCGGCAUCGGAUACGUCGCGAUCGAGUGGGCAGGGAUGGUGGGGGUGGGAGUGAACGUGUCACCCAACAGCGGACGGGCAACAUUCGAGGAAUUCCUGAACGGAGUCGGCGACUGCGUCAGGCGACGACUCCCCCGGCAAGUGCUCGUCCUGGGAGACUUCAACGCGCACUCCAUGAUUUGGGGGAACGCCAGGACCAACGCGCGCGGCCGCACGCUGUCAAACUGGGCCGCGGGACUUGGACUCCUGUUGGUGAACAG